GAUCGGGGCCGCCGCCGCCGCCGUCGCGGCGGCGACUGAAGCCAGGAAGCGGAGGGGGGGGCGGGGAGCAGCCGCCACCGCCCCCCGGAGGCGCCCGGCCCGGAUCCUGCGCCGAUCCAGCCAGCGUCCCGAGUCGCCCAGGUCUGGAAAGCAGCCGAGAAUUCCAGCUCUGCGAGCUGUGCCUGCUGCCCACUGGCUUCCCAGUCACAGCUGGGAGACUUGGGGCGGGACAGAGAAGUUUCUGUAUUCAGCUGCCCAGGCAGAGGAGAAUGGGGUCUCCACAGCCUAAAGAAUGAAGACACGACAGAAUAAAGACUCGAUGUCGAUGAGGAGUGGACGGAAGAAAGAGGCCCCUGGGCCCAGGGAGGAGCUGAGAUCGAGGGGCCGGGCCUCCCCUGGAGGGGUCAGCACAUCCAGCAGCGAUGGCAAAGCUGAGAAGUCCAGGCAGACAGCCAAGAAGGCCCGAGUUGAAGAAUCUUCCACCCCUAAGGUCAGCAAGCAAGGCAGGAGCGAAGAGAUCUCAGAGAGUGAAAGUGAGGACACCAAUGCACCAAAAAAGACCAAAACUGAGCAGGAGCUCCCUCGGCCGCAGUCACCCUCGGACCUGGACAGUCUGGACGGGCGGAGCCUGAAUGAUGAUGGCAGCAGUGACCCAAGGGACAUAGACCAGGACAACCGCAGCACCUCCCCCAGCAUCUAUAGCCCUGGGAGUGUGGAGAAUGACUCCGACUCAUCUUCUGGCUUGUCCCACGGCCCAGCCCGCCCCUAUCACCCGCCUCCACUUUUCCCUCCUUCCCCUCCACCACCAGAUAGUACCCCCAGGCAGCCAGAGCCUGGCUUUGAGCCCCAUCCUUCUGUGCCACCCACUGGCUAUCAUGCUCCCAUGGAGCCCCCCACAUCUCGAAUGUUCCAGGCUCCUGGGGCCCCUCCCCCUCACCCACAGCUCUACCCUGGGGGGACAGGUGGAGGAGUUUUGUCUGGACCCCCAUUGGGGCCUAAAGGGGGAGGAGCUGUCUCUACAGUGGGGGCCCCUAGUGGGGGCAAGCAGCACCCCCCACCCACAACCCCCAUUUCCAUGUCAAGCUCUGGGGCCAGUGGUGCUCCCCCAGCAAAGCCACCCAGUACUCCAGUGGGUGGUGGGAACCUAGCCUCUGCACCACCACCAUCCACUUUCCCCCAUGUGACACCAAACUUGCCUCCCCCACCUGCCCUGAGACCCCUCAACAAUGCCUCAGCCUCUCCUCCUGGCCUGGGGGCCCAGCCAGUGCCAGGGCAUCUACCCUCUCCCCAUGCUGUGGGCCAGGCCAUGGGUGGACUUCCUCCGGGCCCAGAGAAAGGCCCAGCUCUGGCCCCCUCACCCCACCCACUGCCCCCUGUUUCCUCCUCCUCUGCCCCCGCAGCUCCAAUGAGGUACCCCUAUUCAUCCUCUAGUAGCAUCUCUGCAGCUUCCUCCUCCAGUUCUUCCGCCUCUUCCUCUGCCUCUGCCUCUGCCUCCCAGUACCCAGCUUCUCAGGCCCUGCCCAGUUAUCCACACUCCUUUCCUCCCCCCACAAGUCUCUCAGUCUCCAAUCAGCCUCCCAAGUAUACUCAGCCUUCUCUCCCAUCACAAGCAGUGUGGAGCCAGGGUCCACCCCCACCUCCUCCCUACAGCCGCCUCUUGGCUAACAGUGCCCACCCAGGCACCUUUCCUCCUUCUGCUGGGGCCCAGGCCACUGGGCACCCUGCCGCCCCAGCACAUCACCACCACCAGCAGCAGCCCCAGCCCCAGCCCCCACCCCCACCCCAGCAGCCACCGCCGCCACCACCACAGCACCAUGGAGGCUCUGGACCUCCUCCUCCAGGAGCAUACGCACACCCUCUGGAGAACAGUGGCUCCCACCACACACACCCCUAUGCCAUGUCUCCCUCCCUGGGGUCCCUGAGACCCUACCCUCCAGGGCCGGCACACCUGCCCCCACCCCACGGCCAGGUGACCUAUAGCCAGGCAGGCCCCAGCGGCGCUCCAGUCUCCUCCUCUUCCAACUCCUCCUCUUCCUCCUCUCAAGGGUCUUACCCUUGCUCACACCCCUCCCCUUCCCAGGGUCCCCAGGCGGCGCCCUAUCCUUUUUCCUCAGUCCCUCCCGUCACCACCUCUUCGGCCACCCUUUCUACAGUCAUCGCUACCGUGGCUUCCUCGCCAGCAGGCUACAAAACGGCCUCCCCACCUGGGCCCCCAUCCUACGUCAAAAGAGCUCCAUCUCCUGGGACCUACAAGACCGCCACCCCGCCCGGGUACAAGCCGGGCUCACCACCCUCCUUCAGAACGGGGACCCCGCCGGGCUAUCGGGGCGCUUCCCCGCCUGCGGGCCCGGGGACCUUCAAGCCGGGCUCACCCGCCGUAGGACCCGGGCCUCUGCCGCCCCCAGGGCCCUCAGGCCUGUCCUCCCUACCGCCACCGCCAGCUGCAGCCCCUGCCUCGGGGCCACCCCUAAGCGCCACGCAGAUCAAGCAGGAGCCAGCUGAGGAGUAUGAAGCUCCCGAGAGCCCUGUGCCCCCGGCCCGCAGCCCUUCACCCCCUCCCAAGGUGGUGGAUGUGCCCAGCCACGCCAGCCAAUCGGCCAGGUUCAACAAACACCUGGACCGCGGCUUCAACUCGUGCGCGCGUAGCGACUUGUACUUUGUGCCGCUGGAGGGCUCCAAGCUGGCCAAAAAGCGGGCAGAUCUAGUAGAGAAGGUGCGACGCGAGGCCGAGCAGCGUGCGCGCGAAGAAAAGGAGCGGGAACGAGAGCGGGAGCGCGAAAAAGAGCGGGAGCGCGAAAAGGAGCGCGAGCUGGAACGCAGCGUGAAGUUGGCACAGGAGGGUCGUGCCCCAGUGGAGUGUACAUCUUUGGGCCCUGUGCCCCAUCGCCCUCCAUUUGAGCCUGGCAGUGCUGUGGCCACAGUGCCUCCCUACUUGGGUCCUGAUACUCCAGCCCUGCGUACUCUCAGUGAAUAUGCCCGACCUCACGUCAUGUCUCCAGGCAAUCGCAACCAUCCUUUCUAUGUGCCCCUGGGGGCAGUGGACCCGGGGCUCCUGGGUUACCCAGCCCUGUACAGCAGUGACCCCGCUGCCCGGGAGAGAGAGCGGGAAGCCCGUGAAAGAGAUCUCCGUGACCGUCUCAAACCUGGCUUUGAGGUGAAGCCUAGUGAGCUGGAACCCCUGCAUGGGGUCCCUGGGCCAGGCCUCGAUCCCUUCCCCCGACAUGGGGGCCUAGCUCUGCAGCCUGGCCCACCUGGCCUGCAUCCUUUCCCUUUUCACCCGAGCCUGGGGCCCCUGGAGCGAGAGCGGCUAGCGCUGGCAGCUGGGCCAGCCUUACGGCCUGACAUGUCGUAUGCUGAGCGGCUGGCAGCUGAAAGGCAGCAUGCAGAAAGGGUGGCAGCCCUUGGCAAUGACCCACUAGCCCGGCUGCAGAUGCUCAACGUGACCCCGCAUCACCACCAGCACUCUCACAUCCACUCGCAUCUGCACCUGCACCAGCAGGAUGCCAUCCAUGCAGCCUCUGCCUCGGUGCACCCUCUCAUUGACCCCCUGGCCUCAGGCUCUCACCUUACCCGGAUCCCCUACCCGGCCGGGACCCUCCCUAACCCCCUGCUUCCUCACCCUCUGCACGAGAACGAAGUUCUUCGUCACCAGCUCUUUGCUGCCCCUUAUCGGGACCUGCCAGCCUCCCUGUCUGCUCCAAUGUCAGCAGCGCAUCAACUGCAGGCCAUGCACGCACAGUCGGCCGAGCUGCAGCGCUUAGUGCUGGAACAGCAGCAGUGGCUGCAUGCCCACCACCCCCUGCACAGUGUGCCGCUGCCCGCCCAGGAAGACUACUACAGUCACCUGAAGAAGGAAAGCGACAAGCCCCUGUAGAGCCUGCAGUCAGAAGCGCUCCCACGGCUCCUGCGCUCGGACCAGGAGGACCUGCUCACCACCCAGCACAAGGAGAGGGUGCUGCUCAGUGGCAGGGGGCUCUGCAGCUGGGCAGGAGGAGGGAAAAAGGGACUCAAGGCCAAGGCCGGGGGUGUGCACACAGGGAGAGGGGCAGAAGCCCACAGCAUCGUGGACCAGGUCCCUUUUUCUUGUCCCUGGCUUCCCUCAUCCCUGGUGCCCUACCUUCAGUUGCGCCCCCCCCACCCCCGUUGGUGUGAUGAUCUCAUCUGUUAGAUGUGGCUGUUUUGCGUAGCAUCGUGUGCCACCCCUGCCCCCCACCCGCCCCUGUGUGCGCGCCUCCUCUGCGAUGUCUGCCCUUGUCCCACCCCACAUUAAUAAUUUAUAUAUAUAAAUAUCUAUAUGAUGCUCUUUAAAAAAAAAUCCCAAUCAUCAACAACCAAACAAAAACACCCUCACGACUCCCCAGAAAAA